UAAAACAUCAUCCGAAAUUAUGAAUCAAGUGAGACCCACCUCUAGUUUAAUCACGCCAUUCAUCCCGGCUACUUUCCUCCUUUAUAUACCAUGCCUCAUUUCUCCAUCAUUACUCACCUCAACUAAAUAUUCCAUUUAGCUUCUUCACAUUAUUGCAAUUAAUAGCCCCAUUACAAAAUGUCAAGUCUUUUCUUCACAUUUGUCCACCUCCUCCUCCUCCUCCUCCUCCUGACUCCACUAGUAAUGUCACUCCAAGAUCCAGAACUUGUCGUGCAAGACGUUCAUAGGAGCAUCAAUGCGUCAUUGACGAGGAGGAAUUUAGGCUAUUUAUCAUGUGGAACAGGGAAUCCAAUUGAUGAUUGCUGGCGAUGCAACCCCAAUUGGGAGAAUAAUCGCCAGCAAUUAGCUGACUGCGCCAUUGGCUUUGGAAAGAACGCAAUGGGAGGAAGAAGUGGGCGAAUUUACGUGGUCACUGACUCAGGGGACGAUGACCCCGUGAACCCAAAACCCGGAACCCUUAGACAUGCUGUCAUACAGGAUGAGCCUUUAUGGAUCAUUUUCAAAAGGGACAUGGUCAUUCAGCUCAAACAAGAGCUCGUCAUGAACUCUUACAAGACCAUAGACGGUCGGGGCACUAGCGUUCACAUUUCAGGUGGUCCGUGCAUUACAAUCCACCAGAAGACGAACAUUAUUAUACACGGGAUUAACAUACACGACUGUAAGCAGAGUGGCAACGGCAACAUUAGGGACUCACCACACCACUCCGGGUGGUGGGAUGUCUCCGAUGGAGACGGAAUUUCAAUUUUCGGAGGGAAGAACAUUUGGGUGGACCAUUGUUCGUUGUCCAAGUGCCACGAUGGUCUAAUUGAUGCAAUUCAUGGAUCUACAGCAAUCACCAUUUCUAACAACUAUUUUACUCAUCAUGACAAGGUCAUGUUGUUGGGACAUAGUGAUUCAUAUACACAGGACCAAGGCAUGCAAGUCACAGUUGCUUUUAAUCAUUUUGGUGAAGGGUUGGUGCAAAGAAUGCCAAGGUGUAGACAUGGUUACUUCCAUGUGGUGAAUAAUGAUUAUACACACUGGGAAAUGUACGCCAUUGGUGGUAGUGCUGCACCUACUAUUAAUAGCCAAGGCAAUAGGUUUCUUGCUCCCAAUGAAAAAUUCCUAAAAGAGGUGACAAAGCAUGAGGAUGCACCAGAAAGUGAGUGGAAAAGGUGGAACUGGAGAUCAGAAGGUGAUUUGAUGUUAAAUGGAGCCUAUUUCAGGCAAACUGGGGCAGGUGCAUCAUCAUCUACUUAUGCCAGAGCUUCAAGCUUAAGCGCCAGGCCUUCGUCCUUGGUCGGAACAAUGACCACAAACGCUGGUCCUAUAAACUGCAGAAAAGGCUCCCGCUGCUAGUAAACUUAAAUCAUGUGGCCGAGCUAGCAACUCGGCCACUAUAUUUAUUUUACAAGGGAGAAUCAUAAAUAUUACUAGUCGAUGAUAGUGAAAGUAGUGUUUUAAUUAUGCUGAAAAUGGUACGGAGUCAAAAAUAUAUGGAGUACCGUUUCGCAAAACUUAUAUUUGAUGGUUUUCUUUUCAGAAUUUUUCGAGGACAAACUAUUACUACUAAUUAUUGUCCUUUGAAUGUUUGUUCCUUGAUUACGCUCCAGUAAAGGACUAUCUUGGGUUUUCCCUAAUGUGUUAGUUAAAACAGCAACUAAUAGUGUCCGUUUACUGGUAAUAUAUAUCAUGACUUUUUGCAUGCUUAA